AUCAGUUUCCAGUCACAAUUAUACGACCUCUAAGCAUAAUGAAGACUUCAACGUUCUGUGUCGUUCUGUGCCUUAGCGUGAUUCAAAGUUUUGCUCAAAGGAGUGAUUACUGCAAGCCUACAUUAUGCCAAUCAGGGCGUCAUAUCGGAUGUGGAAACAAAAAUCAAUACGCUUUAACGUGUCCAAAGGAUGCCAAAAUUGUGAACCGCGAAAAUUAUAAAAAUGUCUUCGUAAAUGAACACAACCGUGUUCGGAAUAUAAUUGCGACUGGGAACUUGGUGGGAUACUAUCCUGCGAUGAGAAUGGCUACUGUGACAUGGGACAACGAAUUAGCUAGGCUAGCCGAGAUGUUAGUGAAAACUUGCAUUAGUUCCUAUGACGAGUGCCGGAACACAGAUCGGUUCAGUGCUGUUGGCCAAAACAUUGCAUCUACAACCAUAAUCGGAUCUUAUAGCGUAGCCAAGCUGAUUGAAGACACUGUGGACAAAUGGUUCAAGGAACAUUCCAUUAUUAAUAGAUCAUACGUCUCCACGUAUAAGAUGGACGACAACUUCAAUACAUCGCGGCAUUUUGCACAAUUGGCUUUAAGUCGGGCUACUCGUGUCGGUUGUGCCAUCAUUGAGUUUACGGAUGGAACAAGGACCCGCGUUAACGUGGUGUGCAAUUAUUCUGCACGUCCCAUGCAUAACCAAGCAUUAUAUACGGAAGGCUGUUCUGUAGCCCAAUGUUUACAGGGUCAUAACACUAACUUCCAGGGAUUGUGUACUCAGUCAGAACUAAUCGACCCAAACAAUUAUAUAUAUUAAGCCGGAAAUUUGCUACCGAUACGAGUUUCUUUGAUUGACUUUACAAUAAAUUAUAUACUACAAUAAGAUAGGUGAAACGUGGUAACUGUUAAAUAAAGUUGAAUAAAUCUUAAUUCUACAAGAAAUC